AUGACCACACCACUCCAACGCUCCAAGAAACCCCUCGGACACAACACCCACAUCUCAACAGUCUCAAUCCCCUCCAAGAAGCGCUCAAUGUCCCCUACCAAACGCGCCAACCUAACCGGCAACAUCGACGACCUCCUCGCCGCGACCCAUCUCGAUGGCGCAGGAGGAGGAGGGGAAUCCAAGAGUCGUCGUAGCUCACCUGUGAAGAGUUCUUCUUCGCUUGCUGCGGGUGGUGGAAUUGGGAGGUCCGGGGUGGUCAGUCAUGAUUGGCAGGGGCCGGCGGCGUCGAGUUCGGCGCAUGGCCCGAACGGCGAUCCGAGGAGAAGUCCGUCCAAGAAGUCCAGGAAUGUGAGCAGGGAAUUCGAACUCGAAGUUCUGUCGCAACGCCUCGCAGUAGCUCAUCAAACUCUGUACUCUUCUCAGCUGGACCGCUACAUCCCCUCACGCACGAAUUCUUCGACGGGCAACGGCGACCACACGGGCGCGAUCCUGCUCCCGAACGGAACCGCGUCGGCCAACAACACGGGCAACUACACCAACCUGAUCGCCGACAACAACGACACGGCCGAGUUAUCGUCGACGCUCGGAAUCGAUUCUUCCAGAAGGAUUCUUUCCUUUUUCGCUGAGCCCCCGAUGCCGCAGACGGAUACGAUGGGCUUGUUGGCGAAUUUUGCUCGUCUACCCAACAAGGGCUCCGCGGCUUCCUCGACCUCCUCUGCGAAUGCGCAGACGCGUCGACGCAUCGCCACUGCCCCCGAAAGGGUCCUCGAUGCCCCUGGCCUCGUCGAUGAUUACUACCUCAACUUGCUCGAUUGGAGCGUCACCAACCUCGUCGCGAUCGGGUUGGGCGAAAGCGUGUACGUGUGGAAUGCCGAAUCGGGGGAAGUCAACCUCCUUUGUUCGGUCGGGAAUGCGAACGAAGGCGUUCUGGACGAAGGGGACGAAUACAUCUGUUCGGUCAAAUUCACCGAAGAUGGCACCCAUCUCGCCGUAGGACUGUCAUCAGGUCCGAUUCAAGUUUACGAUGUCCAAGCGGGGAUGUUGGUUCGGACCAUGUCGGGCCACUUGUCCCGCGUUCCAAGUUUGAGUUGGUCAGGAGCGAUCCUGAGUAGCGGGUGUCGGACGGGGGAGAUCUGGAAUUCGGACGUUAGGGUGGGCAAUCAUUGCGUGGCGCAGAUGAGGGGGCAUCGAGGGGAGGUCUGUGGGUUGGAAUGGAGGCCUGAGAUUGCGGGGGGGUUGAGUGGGGGUGGACAAGGGGUGAGCUGUGGUGACCUUCGUUCUCCGUGAAGGGUCACUCAUCGUCUAUGAUGUCUUGUUUGCAGCUCCUCGCGUCCGGCGGAAACGACAACGUUGUCAACGUCUGGGACGGUCGCAUGACCUCGGCCCCAAAAAUGUUCAAGACCAAUCACACCGCGGCUGUCAAGGCACGUUCACUUCAUCAAUGGAAUGUCUUAUCUCCCCAUGCAUAUACUGAUGCGAACUACUUUCAACUUCACCCAGGCUCUAGCAUGGUGCCCUUGGAAUUCUUCAAUCCUCGCCUCAGGCGGAGGUUCGUCGGAUCGUACGAUCCACUUCUGGAACACGGCGUCGGGAGCGCGUCUCAAUUCGCUCGUCACCCCUUCCCAAGUCACCUCCCUCGUAUUCUCCCCCCACUCAAGGGAGAUCAUGUCCUCCCACGGGAUCCCCGAUCAUCAACUCUCGAUCUGGGCCUACCCCAGUCUGACCAAAGUCAGUGAUAUCCCGCAAGCGCACGAAACGAGGAUCUUGCAUUCGUGCUUGAGUCCCGAUGGAACGACGGUCGCGACGGCCAGUUCGGACGAGAACCUCAAAUUCUGGAAGGUGUUCGAUGUGAGAAGGGGGGUCGGGAAAGAGGGGGGUGGAGGCAGGUCUUUGAGCGGUAAGGAUUUGGAGGAUGAUCAUGGUAUUCAGAGGAAGGGGAAGACGGGCAUUUCGGUGAGGUAG